GAUAUUGAUUUUACCAUGAGCUAUCACUACAGGUUGGAUGGAGGCAGUUUGGCAAUCAGUAGCCCCCGCACAGAUCAAGAUACUGGCACGUACCAGUGCCUGGCCACCAACCCUCUGGGAACAAUUCUGAGCCAGAAGGCGAAGCUCCAAUUUGCAUAUAUUGAAGACUUUGAAACCAAAACAAGAAGCACAGUGUCCGUCCGAGAAGGUCAAGGUGUGGUGCUUCUCUGUGGUCCACCGCCACACUUUGGAGGUUUAUCUUAUGCGUGGACUUUCAAUGAUAACCCCUUAUAUGUCCAAGAGGACAACAGGCGGUUUGUCUCACAAGAGACAGGAAACUUGUACAUUGCCAAAGUGGAGCCAUCAGAUGUUGGCAACUACACUUGCUACAUAACAAACAAAGAAGCCCAGCGAAGUGUUCAAGGACCACCCACUCCAUUAGUGCAGCGUACUGAUGGUGUGAUGGGGGAAUAUGAACCAAAGAUUGAAGUGCAUUUUCCUGAAACUAUUCAAGCUGCAAAGGAUUCAUCUAUAAAACUGGAAUGCUUUGCCCUUGGAAAUCCAGUCCCUGAUAUUAGUUGGAGGAGGUUGGAUGGAAGCCCGUUGCCUGGGAAAGUCAAGUACAGCAAAUCCCAAGCUAUCCUUGAAAUCCCAAACUUUCAACAGGAAGAUGAAGGCGUCUAUGAGUGCAUUGCAAGUAACCUUCGAGGAAGAAAUCUUGCAAAAGGUCAACUCAUUUUCUAUGCCCCUCCAGAAUGGGAACAAAAAAUCCAAAAUACAUACCUGUCCAUCUAUGACAGCUUGUUUUGGGAAUGCAAAGCUAGUGGAAAGCCAAACCCUUGGUACACGUGGUUAAAGAAUGGUGAACGCCUCAAUCCAGAGGAAAGAAUUCAAAUAGAAAAUGGGACACUUAUCAUAACUAUGCUGAAUGUGUCAGAUUCUGGUAUCUACCAAUGUGCUGCAGAAAACAAAUAUCAGAUAAUUUAUGCAAAUGCAGAAUUGAGAGUAUUAGCCUCAGCUCCUGAUUUCUCCAAAAAUCCCAUUAAAAAAAAUUCAGUUGUUCAAGUUGGUGGGGAUAUUGUGAUCGAAUGCAAACCGAAUGCUUUCCCUAGGGCCGCCAUCUCCUGGAAAAGAGGAAUGGAGAUCCUGAGACAAAGCAAAAGAGUGUUUAUCCUGAAGGAUGGCAGCCUCAAGAUACAUAACGUUACCAGGUUGGAUGCCGGAUCAUACACUUGCAUAGCUACAAAUCAGUUUGGUGUUGCCAAGAACACUGGCAGCCUAGUUGUAAAAGAGAGGACUGUUAUUACCGUGCCACCUUCCAAAAUGGAUGUUACAGUUGGCGAGAGUAUAGUCCUACCCUGCCAGGUGUCCCAUGACCCCUCCAUUGAAGUUGUAUUUCUAUGGUCUUUCAAUGGAGAUGUCAUAGACUUAAAAAAAGGAGUGGCUCAUUUUGAGAGGAUUGGAGGAGAAUCUGUUGGGGAUUUGAUGAUAAGGAAUAUUCAGUUAAAUCAUUCAGGAAAAUAUCUAUGCACAGUAAAAACAACUCUCGAAAGUUUAUCUGCUGAAGCUGAUAUUAUUGUGAGGGGUCCCCCAGGUCCCCCAGAAGAUGUAAGAGUGGAACACAUUUCCAGUACUACUUCUCAACUAAGCUGGAGACCAGGCUCAGAUAAUAACAGUCCCAUUCAAAUAUUUAGUAUUCAGGCUCGGACACCAUUUUCUGUGGGUUGGCAGGCUGUUUCUACAGUUCCAGAAAUUCUCAAUGGUAAGACAUACAAUGCAACAGUGGUUGGUUUGAGUCCUUGGGUGGAAUAUGAGUUUCGUGUUGUUGCCGGGAAUAGCAUUGGGAUUGGAGAACCAAGUAAACCAUCAGAAGUGUUAAGAACCAAAGCAUCAGUCCCUGUCAUGGCACCAACAAACAUCAAUGGAGGUGGAGGAAGUCGGUCUGAACUCGUUAUUACGUGGGAGUCAAUUCCAGAAGAACUACAGAAUGGAGAGGAAUUUGGAUACAUCAUCAUGCUGCGGCCAGUUGGCUCAACAACAUGGACCAAGGAAAGAGUACCAUUUGUAGAAUCGUCAAGGUUUGUUUACAGAAAUGAAAGCAUCACCCCCCUCUCUCCCUUUGAAGUCAAAGUGGGUGUAUAUAAUAAGAAAGGAGAAGGAGCUCUGAGUACCACGUCCAUUGUCUACUCUGGGGAAGAUGAACCUCAAUUGGCCCCAAGGGGAACUUCUGUUCAAAGUUUUUCUGCUUCGGAAAUGGAGGUUUCAUGGAAUGCUAUUGCCUGGAAUAGAAACACUGGAAGAGUUCUGGGCUAUGAGGUCUUAUACUGGACAGAUGACUCCAAAGAAUCCGUGAUUGGUAAAAUUAGGGUCAGUGGAAAUGUCACAACCAAAAACAUCACAGGGCUGAAAGCUAACACCGUCUACUUUGCUUCCGUGAGAGCUUACAACACUGCUGGGACAGGGCCCUCAAGCCCCCCAGCCAAUGGGACCACCAAGAAGUCUCCUCCAAGCCAACCACCAGCUAACAUCGCCUGGAAGCUGACAAACUCUAAAUUAUGCCUAAACUGGGAGCAUGUAAAAACCAUGGAAAAUGAGUCUGAAGUAUUGGGCUACAAGAUUCUGUACCGGCAAAACAGACAGAGUAAAACUCAUAUUUUGGAAACAAACAACACAUCUGCUGAGCUUCUGGUUCCAUUUGAAGAGGACUACUUGAUUGAAAUAAGAACAGUUAGUGAUGGUGGGGAUGGAAGCAGCAGUGAGGAAAUUAGGAUUCCAAAAAUGUCAAGUUUGAGUUCCAGAGGAGUUUCAGUCAUAGAACCUAGCAUCCAUUUCCUGUCAAUUGUCAUCAUGAUUUUUUACUGUUUUGCUAUUCAGCCUCUUAUAUGA